UGUAUUUACAUUUGCUUGCCAUGUUAAUUUAUUUUUAGAAAAUAACACAAGUGUACAUCAUCAAAACUGACUUAUAAGUGUUAGAUUUUACACGUGAGACUGAUAUGUCGAGGUAGAACUGUUAGGGAUGAGACUACUAUGAAAUUACCCGUGAUGUUAUGGUUUGCCAGACAUGCAGAUUGACCAAACAAUUCUGGCCGCAUAUGUCGAGCGCCUGCUGGACGGUGGCUUGUCUAGGAAUGUCAAAGAUCCGGUCGCCCCUGAUUUUUACCCUCGCAAUUGGGUCCGCGGCGAUAGCCAUUUAUUUUUGGGUCGAAGCAUCCGAGCUCCAGUCGACGAUAAUAUUAGCACAAGAGGCGCGAGAUGUCGCGGAAGUUAAUAAUAUCGAACUGGAGAAAAGAAUCCAAGAGCUGAAAAUGUCCCGGCCAUCCCCGUUGUGCAAGACCCCCCAGCCGAAUUUGGUCCCUUGUGGAAACUCGAUUGCCGACAAAGCGACAAGGCAGCUCGUGCUAACGAUGAGGCGUUUGAGCGACAGGGAAAAAGAAGCCUGCCGCAAUGUCACCCAUUUGGUCAAUGAGCUAGAAGGCAUCAGGAAGGAAAUUCACGAAGCUUACAAAGAAAGGAACAAAUACAGGAAGAAAAUAUGCUGCCUCGAACGGUAUUCGUCUUCCAACUGACAGUCAAGUGAAAACAAUUGUGAUCGGUUAUGUGAAAUGUCUGCGUUUUGAUUAAAUUAUUAUGAAAACACUAGAUUAAAUGUUUACAACUAAAA